AUGGCGCACACACAGGAUAAAGAGAUUAACAUCAAACAGGAUGAUUGCAAGGUGUCUAUCGACGCCACAGUCGCAGGCGAUGAUGUCGACGCACGUGCACCGGAACAUCGCCCAUCCAACACCUCAAUUAUACACUCAAUCAGCCGAGUGUUCUCAAAGACACUAGCGUCAACAUCGCUAACUACAUACCUAGACAAUGUAGAAACAGAAGUUGCCACCAGGUUGUCAAAAAACCUCAUGAACGCUGAAGAUAUCAUAGAAGUAGCAAGGAUACGUGAUAGCGUGGCUGUUGAAAAGGCUAAGGAAAAGGCGCAACAGGAACACCCUUCAUCGGGAAAUUCCAGGUUUGCUACAGCAACCAUUGAAGAAAUUAUGGAACAACUAGGAUUGCACGAUCUUGCUACUGGACUCACUAACGCACAGUACAACUUGAACUGCAAUCUAUACGGCAAAAAUAUACUAGAAACAACCAAGAGACCACCCCUGUGGCGCGUUUACCUUGGACAAUUCUGCAAUUUUGUCGUUAUCAUGCUUCUAUCGGCAGCUAUUGGUAGUAUUGCACUUGGAAACAUUGUAGAAGGUAUUUUCAUCAUUCUUAUCACCAAUAUCAACGCCGCCAUGGCCACAUACAUGGAAAAGUCAGCUGCUGAUGCUUUAGAAAAACUAGCAGCAAUCUCAUCACCAACCACAAAUGUUAUACGUGAUGGUGAAGAACAAGUUGUCGAUUCCAAGGAUAUUGUGCCUGGUGAUGUUAUCAUACUCAACAUGGGUGACACUGUACCCGCUGAUGUCAGAUUGUUCGAAGUUACCGAAAUUAAAGUUAACGAAGCAUUGCUUACCGGAGAAUCCGAACCUGUUAAGAAGCAAUUGGUAGCUGAAGAUCUUCACUCACCUUUUGCAACCAACCUAUGUUUCGCUUCAACUUCGGUUGUAUCCGGAUCAGCCAAAGGUAUUGUGGUAACCACCGGUAUGGAAACACAAGUUGGACACAUUGCUAUGCAACUUAAGAAAGCGUCAAGUGGGAGUGAUCUUACCCCUCUACAAGCCAGCCUUAACAGUCUGGGUGGUGUCAUUGGACUCAUCUCAAUCGGUGUAUUGAUCUCCAUUAUCAUUGUUGCUGUAGCCACAGGCUACGAAGAUCCAACAAGACCUGACACUAACCGUGUACUUGCUAUUGUUCUAUUGGCUGUAGGUUUUGCUGUAUCUUCCAUCCCCGAGGGUCUUCCUAUGGUCGUGACAAUCUCACUAUCACUAGGUGCAAAGGACAUGGCCAGACGCAAUGCGAACAUCAGAAAACUGCCUGCUGUCGAAACUUUGGGUUGCUGCUCAAUUAUCUGCAGUGACAAGACAGGAACUUUGACUGAAGGAAAGAUGACUACUACCACAAUGGUGAUAUUCCACGGCAAUGACGGUAAAUGCGAUAGUGAAGAGGCACACUUCUACCCAACCAUGGGAUUCAACCCACUAGGUGGUGUAUUCAAGAAGGAACAUCUUACUGACGAAUUCAAGACACAACUGUCACAGCAAUCUGCUUCUCAGAACUAUUUCUGCACCUUAAAGGAAAACAUUUGUGGCAACGAUAACAACACCGCUACUGCUGUUCAGGUCAAGGCAACUAUGCUUGCUGCUUAUCUCAACUCAAAUGCUACACAUAUAGAAAAGGAUGAGGCCACCAACACCUGGAACGCUGUUGGAAACAUGACGGAGUGCCCCUUGAUCGUUGCAUCUGCCAAGUGUGGUAUUGGAUCUGCACUCAACAAGGAUGACACGACCUACGAUGACUACCCUCUUCUUAAAGCACUUGAUGUGCCCUUCAACUCGAGCAGGAAAAUGAUGUGCACAGUCCACAAACUUAAAGAAGAAAACAAAUUUGGUGAUGCCAAACUAACAAAUGGAGAAACCAAAUACACCCAUGUUGCCACAAUUAAGGGAGCUCCCGACAUGCUAUUCAACACUCGUAUGAUCACUUUGAAGAGAGAUGGAGACAACUGUGAGGUUGACUGGGCAUCUGCAGAGGGUACUGCCAGCAAUGCACAAGUUGAUGCCUUGAAAAAUGCCAACCAUGAACUCAGCAGCAGGGCACUCAGGGUACUGUUGGUUGGUAUCUUCCCACUGACAGACGGUGAUGUCGAAGGCUUGGGUAAAUGUGAGGAUUCCGAUGAAAGGCUCAAAUGGUUAUUGAAUGCUUCAGAAAGCGGCGGUUCACCUCUGGUGCUACUAGGUUGCGUUGGUAGCUUGGACCCACCACGUUUCGGUGUCAAGGGUGCCAUUGAAACAUGUGUCAAAGCUGGUGUUCGUGUUAUUAUGAUUACUGGUGACCAAAAGGCUACGGCUGCUGCUAUUGCCAAAGAUAUCGGUCUUUUCAACCAAUUCGAUUACUUGGGUGAUGAAAACACCGGUGUAUUGGAAUGCAGCAAUAUGCACGUUAACAAUGAUCACUUCAGAGAAUACCUACCGGAUGACGUCGUUGACAAAUACACAGCUACUGUAUCCGUAUUCUGCCGUGCUCAGCCGCAAGACAAGGUGGCCAUUGUCGAGUCAUUGAAGAGACAGGGGCACUUGACUGCUAUGACAGGUGAUGGUGUUAACGAUGCUCCUGCCCUUAAGACCGCUGAUAUCGGUGUGGCUAUGGGUAUAAACGGUACUGAUGUCGCCAAGGGUGCUUCUGAUAUGGUUCUUUUGGACGACAAUUUCUGUACCAUCGUCAACUCUAUCGAGUCUGGAAGAACGAUCUACGCAAACAUCCAGAAAUUCGUUUCAUUCCUACUUGGUACCAACAUUGGAGAAAUUGUAUAUCUCACUUUGGCUAUCCUUAUUAGAACGCUGCCACCUGUGGAGGCACUUCAAAUUCUGUUCCUUAACUUCGUCACAGAUGGAUGCCCAGCGGUGGCACUUUCCAGGGAACCACCAGAUGACAACGUCAUGACCACGAAACCAAGAGACCCGAAACAACCCAUUAUGACACGCAAUUGGUGGUUGUACGGUAACCUUCCACACACCAUUUUCCAAGCAGCUAUGGUUAUUGGUAGCAUUCUCACUGCCCUUUACCUCUGUACCGGUGUUGUAUUCAUGCACGAUAUACACGAACAGUGUAAGAAGGUUACUCUUAAAGACACAAACGAUGUACCGCACAAAUUUACAUAUUUUUGCCAGUCAUACGAGUACGUUGUCAAGUUGGAUUAUGUUGGAUGGGUAACCAACAUUGACUACUUUGAUUUGGAUGAGAGAAAGAUGGUGUCGGUACUUGAAGCGGCCAAAGGUAAGGUUCAGAAUCUAACACCCUACAGUGCUGAGUUACACGAAAAGUUGAAGACGAAGUUAGCAAAGAUCGAAAAGGAUAAAGUUCCCAACGAACAUGAAAAUGCACUGGAACGUGACGAACUAGGGUGGUUCCGCCCGAAGGACAGUGUAAAGGUAGAUAAUGGCAAGAAGGCGCCACUUGGGGCUGCUGAUUAUGGAUACCACGACAUUACGGCGCGCAAGUCUACUCAGGCCCGUACGAUUUCUUUCAUCACGGCUGUCUGGUGUGAAAUGCUUCGCGCAUACACAGUACGUAGCUGGGACUUCUUCUACCGCGUCUUCAACCGCAACCCUGUCAUGCACGUUGCCUGUGGUAUAUCUGCAGUUGCGACCUUCUUAGCCACUGUGCUACCGAAGUUCAACACAAUCAUGCACCUCGUACCGCUCCCAUGGUGGCAAUACCUCAUGGCCAUUGGAUUCGCGUUGAUGACGCUCAUUUUGGACGAGUGUGUCUCCAAGGUUCUGUACAAGAAAUAUGCAGAGCAGUAA